UGCGCUAGUCGUUUGUUUAUGUAUUGUUGUUGAUAUUGUUAUAAUUUUAAUUAAAAAUAUGUGUAGUGAAAUAUUUCGUAUAAAUAAAAAUCUAUGUCUUCUAUCUAACGAUGGAAAUUUUUUAGCCAUAGCAUUUCAAAGUAAUUUAAUUGUAAAAUAUUCAAAGAAUUGCGAAACAAUUCAUUCUUUUAUGUUCUCUGAUAUCAUUGAGUAUAUCGAGUGGUCUCCAGAUAGUGAAUACAUUUUAUGUCUCAAUUUGAAGCGUGCAAUUGUCCAAGUAUUUUCAAUUUCCUUUCCAGAAUGGAAGUGUAAAAUUACCGAAGGUAGUGCAGGCUUAGAAAAUGUUACUUGGGCUCCCGACAGUAAAAGCAUUUCCACUUUAUCAGAUUUUAAUAUACAAUUAUCCAUAUGGUCUUUGCAAACUCGAACCGUUAUUCACAUACAGAAUUUAAAAUCUUCAGCUAAUGAAAAAUUAGAAUUCAGUCCCGAUGGAAAACGUUUGGCAGUCGUAAUAUCGGAUGACACAAAAGAUAGCGUAGAAAUAUACAGAACAGAAGAUUGGAAGCUGAGUAGGAAACUCAUAUGCGAACGAAUAAGUUCAAUUAAUGGUUUGUGUUGGUCGCCAAAUGGAGAAGCAUUAUGUAUCUGGUGUUCGAAUAGCGGUGAAUCAAAAUUAAUUAUUUAUUCAACUAUCUCAGAAAGUCAUAUUGGAAUUUUUUCUCCAAAAGAUGAGAAACAUGACGAGAUGGACAAUGUUUUUCAUAAAAAAUUACGAGGAAUUGAAUUAGUUAAAUGGAUGCCUAGUUCACAAUUAAUUGCAAUUUCUGGUCACAAUGAAAUGGUUGUUUUAAUAAACUGCAUAACUUGGAAACCUUCAUUACAAAUAUAUUGUGAUCCUGUUAUUACGGAUAGUCAUUGUCAUAAUAGAGUUUUUAAGGAAAUUAUUAUUCACAAUAAGGAUCCAAAUAAUGUCAAUACACAGAGACCGAAACACGAUAUUGAAGAAAUAUUAACUCGGCCAAUAAAUAUUCCAAUUAGUAAAAAAGAUUGUAUAAAAAUUGCUCAUUUUGAUAUAUUGGAAUUUAGUCCAUGUGGUCAUUUUUUAGCAAUAAGACAUCAAAUAUAUCCCACAACAUUAUGGAUAUUGGAAAUAAAAACGGGCGAUAUGAAUUUUAUUCUUUUACAAAACACAAUUUCCGCUGUAAAAUGGAAUCCCAUUUCUCCUCGUUUAUUAAUUCUUUCGGAGAGUAGUCAUAUUUUUAUGUGGAAUAAAAAUGAAGUAAUUUGUCGAAAUACUCCAAAAGAUAUUACAAUUUUAAAUGCACAAUGGCAUCCUGCAGGCAAAUCUGUCGUUCUUCAUGGAUAUAAUAAAGCAGUGUUAUUAAAUUUAGAUAAUAUUUAAUUAAUAAUAAAUUUAUUUAUUAUUUUUGAAUUCAAUUUAUAUAAUUCUUUUAUAUUUUUACAUGUGUAUUAAAAUUUUAUUUAAAUUUA